AUGGGACGUUCUCACCUAAAUUCCAUAAUCCUGAUUCUUUUUUCUGUCAGCUUAGCAUCAUUUAGCGGGAACAUCAUUGCUGAGGCACGUAAACUUGCAGAGAUCCCUGAGCUUCCCAUGGUUCCAAAGCCUGAGCUUCCGGUGCUUCCAAAGCCUGAGCUUCCGGUCAUUCCUAAGCCUGAGCUUCCCGUGGUGCUUAAGCCUGAGGUUCCCGUGGUUCCAAAGCCUGAGAUUCCUGUUCUUCCAAAGCCUGAGCUUCCCGUGCUUCCAAAGCCUGAGCUACCUGAGGUUCCAAAACCUGAUGUUCCUGUAGUUCCAAAGCCUGCUGUGGUUCCUGAGUUUCCAAAGCCCACGUUUCCCGGAAGUUCUCACCUAAAAUUCGUAAUCCUGAUUCUUUUUUCUAUCAGCUUAGCAUCAUUUAGCGGGAAAAUCAUUGCUGAGGCACGUAAACUUGCAGAGAUCCCUGAGCUUCCCGUGGUUCCUAAGCCUGAGCUUCCCGUGUUUCCAAAGCCUGAGCUUCCUGUGUUUCCAAAGCCUGAGCUUCCGGUGCUUCCUAAGCCUGAGCUUCCUGUCAUUCCUAAGCCUGAGAUUCCCGUACUUCCUAAACCCGAGCUUCCAAAGCUAGAGCUUCCGGUCGUUCCUAAGCCUGAGAUUCCCGUACUUCCUAAACCUAAGCUUCCAAAGCCUGAGCUUCCGGUCGUUCCUAAGCAUGAGCUUCCCGUGGUGCUUAAGCCUGAGGUUCCCGUGGUUCCAAAGCCUGAGAUUCCUGUUCUUCCAAAGCCUGAGCUUCCCGUGCUUCCAAAGCCUGAGCUACCUGAGGUUCCAAAACCUGAUGUUCCUGUAGUUCCAAAGCCUGCUGUGGUUCCUGAGUUUCCAAAGCCCACGUUUCCCGUCAUUCCGAAGCCCACAUUGCCAGAGUUGCCUAAGGAUUUUCCUAUCCCUUCCGUUACCCAUCCAGGAAGUUCUCACCUAAAAUUCGUAAUCCUGAUUCUUUUUUCUAUCAGCUUAGCAUCAUUUAGCGGGAAAAUCAUUGCUGAGGCACGUAAACUUGCAGAGAUCCCUGAGCUUCCCGUGGUUCCUAAGCCUGAGCUUCCCGUGUUUCCAAAGCCUGAGCUUCCUGUGUUUCCAAAGCCUGAGCUUCCGGUGCUUCCUAAGCCUGAGCUUCCUGUCAUUCCUAAGCCUGAGAUUCCCGUACUUCCUAAACCCGAGCUUCCAAAGCUAGAGCUUCCGGUCGUUCCUAAGCCUGAGAUUCCCGUACUUCCUAAACCUAAGCUUCCAAAGCCUGAGCUUCCGGUCGUUCCUAAGCAUGAGCUUCCCGUGGUGCUUAAGCCUGAGGUUCCCGUGGUUCCAAAGCCUGAGAUUCCUGUUCUUCCAAAGCCUGAGCUUCCCGUGCUUCCAAAGCCUGAGCUACCUGAGGUUCCAAAACCUGAUGUUCCUGUAGUUCCAAAGCCUGCUGUGGUUCCUGAGUUUCCAAAGCCCACGUUUCCCGUCAUUCCGAAGCCCACAUUGCCAGAGUUGCCUAAGGAUUUUCCUAUCCCUUCCGUUACCCAUCCAUAAAGUAAUGCUUUUUGCAAAGCUAGAUGUCUAUUGAUUCAUCUUACAACUGCUACUUUUAGUACCUAGAUCUCUGUAGAAUGCUGAUGAAGUUUGGAUGAUUAUUUAUUUGUUUUCAGGGUUAUAUAUAUAGUAUGGUCAUUUAUACAUGUAUUUCAUUAAAAUAUUGAUUACAGAAUGUGCUUGAUUUUUGUAUACGAAAUGUUGCUGGUAGCAAUU